ACCUGACUUCAGGGGCCGUCGUAAAAGUGUCGUCUCCGGCGCGUCGGGCUGGCCACAGGUUUCCGCUCGCUGGCGGCCGGGGGUCGGGAACUGCGGGCGUUCGUUUCCCUUAAGAUGGCGGACGACGAGACGGACGGCGCCGAGAGGAUGGACGUCAGCCCCGAGCCUCCCCGGGCCCCUCAGCGGCCGACCUCGUGGUGGGAUCAACAAGUUGAUUUUUAUACUGCUUUCUUACAUCAUUUGGCACAAUUAGUGCCAGAAAUUUAUUUUGCUGAGAUGGACCCAGAUUUGGAAAAGCAAGAAGAGAAUGUACAAAUGUCAAUAUUCACUCCAUUGGAAUGGUACUUAUUUGGAGAGGAUCCGGAUAUUUGUUUAGAGAAGUUGAAGCACAGUGGAGCAUUUCAGUUGUGUGGGAAGGUUUUCAAAAGUGGAGAAACAACGUAUUCUUGUAGGGAUUGUGCAAUUGAUCCGACAUGUGUUCUCUGUAUGGACUGCUUCCAGAGUAGUGUUCAUAAAAACCAUCGUUACAAGAUGCAUACUUCUACUGGAGGAGGGUUCUGUGACUGUGGAGACACAGAAGCAUGGAAAACUGGCCCCUUUUGUGUGGAUCAUGAACCUGGAAGAGCAGGCACUACAAAAGAGACCUUGCAUUGCCCAUUGAAUGAAGAGGUAAUUGUUCAAGCCAGGAAAAUAUUCCCUUCAGUGAUAAAAUACAUUGUAGAAAUGACCAUAUGGGAAGAAGAAAAGGAACUGCCUCCUGAACUGCAGAUAAGGGAGAAAAAUGAAAGAUACUAUUGUGUCCUUUUCAAUGAUGAACACCAUUCAUAUGACCAUGUGAUAUACAGUCUGCAGAGAGCUCUGGACUGUGAGCUUGCAGAGGCCCAGCUGCAUACCACUGCUAUAGACAAAGAGGGUCGCCGGGCUGUCAAAGCAGGUGUUUAUGCUGCUUGCCAGGAAGCAAAGGAGGAUAUAAAGAGUCAUUCAGAGAACGUCUCUCAGCACCCACUCCAUGUGGAAGUGCUGCACUCCGUGGUUAUGGCUCACCAGAAAUUCGCUUUGCGCCUUGGCUCCUGGAUGAACAAAAUUAUGAGCUAUUCAAGUGACUUUAGGCAGAUCUUUUGCCAAGCCUGCCUCAUAGAAGAACCUGGCUCUGAAAACCCCUGUUUUAUAAGCAGACUAAUGCUUUGGGAUGCAAAGCUUUAUAAAGGUGCCCGUAAGAUCCUUCAUGAAUUGAUCUUCAGUAGUUUUUUUAUGGAGAUGGAAUACAAAAAACUCUUUGCUAUGGAAUUUGUGAAGUAUUAUAAACAACUGCAGAAAGAGUAUAUCAGCGAUGAUCAUGAUCGGAGCAUCUCGAUAACUGCACUGUCUGUUCAGAUGUUUACUGUCCCGACCCUGGCCCGACAUCUUAUUGAAGAACAGAAUGUUAUUUCUGUCAUUACUGAAACUCUGCUAGAAGUUUUACCUGAGUACUUGGACAGGAACAAUAAAUUCAACUUCCAGGGCUAUAGCCAGGACAAACUGGGAAGAGUAUAUGCAGUAAUAUGUGAUCUAAAAUAUAUCCUGAUUAGCAAGCCUCUAAUAUGGACAGAAAGGUUAAGAGUGCAGUUCCUUGAAGGGUUCCGGUCUUUUCUGAAGAUUCUUACCUGUAUGCAGGGCAUGGAAGAAAUCAGGAGACAAGUUGGACAACACAUUGAAGUAGACCCUGACUGGGAGGCUGCCAUUGCUAUACAGAUGCAGCUCAAGAAUAUUUUGCUCAUGUUCCAAGAGUGGUGUGCUUGUGAUGUAAGUGAAAGAUUUGGUCUUCAUGUACGUUUAAGCAGACUAGGUGCUGUUUCAAGACUGCAUGAAUUUGUGCCUUUUGAUGGCUUUCAAGUAGAGGUCCUAGUGGAGUACCCUUUGCGCUGUCUGGUGCUGGUUGCCCAGGUUGUUGCUGAGAUGUGGCGAAGAAAUGGGCUGUCUCUCAUCAGCCAGGUAUGGCACACACAGUCUGUGAAAUGUGACACUCAAUUUCUUUCACAGAUUGGAGCGUCUAUAAUGGAUCCCAACAAGUUCUUGUUACUGGUACUUCAGAGGUAUGAACUUACUGAUGCUUUUAACAAGACCAUAUCCACAAAAGACCAGGAUUUGAUUAAGCAGUAUAAUACAUUAAUAGAAGAAAUGCUUCAGGUCCUCAUCUAUAUUGUGGGAGAGCGUUAUGUACCUGGAGUGGGAAAUGUUACCAAAGAGGAAGUCGUAAUGAGAGAGAUUAUUCACUUGCUUUGCAUUGAGCCCAUGCCACACAGUGCCAUUGCCAGAAACCUACCUGAGAAUGAAAAUAACGAAACUGGCUUAGAGAAUGUCAUAAACAAAGUGGCCACAUUUAAGAAACCAGGUGUAUCAGGCCAUGGAGUGUAUGAACUGAAAGAUGAAUCACUGAAAGACUUCAAUACAUACUUUUACCAUUACUCUAAAACACAGCAUAGCAAGGCUGAACAUAUGCAGAAGAAAAGGAGAAAACAAGAAAAUAAAGAUGAAGCAUUGCCGCCGCCACCUCCUCCUGAAUUCUGUCCUGCUUUCAGCAAAGUAAUCAACCUUCUCAACUGUGAUGUUAUGAUGUACAUUCUCAGGACCAUAUUUGAGAGGGCAGUAGACACAGAUUCUAAUUUGUGGACAGAAGGGAUGCUCCAAAUGGCAUUCCACAUACUGGCACUGGGCUUGCUGGAGGAGCAGCAGCAGCUUCAGAAAGCUCCUGAAGAAGAAGUGACGUUCGAUUUCUACCAUAAGGCCUCAAGAUUGGGAAGUUCAGCCAUGAAUGCUCAGAAUAUACAAAUGCUUUUGGAAAAACUCAAAGGAAUUCCCCAAUUAGAAGGCCAGAAGGACAUGAUUACAUGGAUACUACAGAUGUUUGACACAGUGAAGCGAUUAAGAGAGAAAUCUUCUUUAGUUGUGGCUACCACUUCAGGUUUGGAGUCCAUUAAGAGUGAUGAGAUUACUCAUGAUAAAGAAAAGGCAGAACGGAAGAGAAAAGCUGAAGCUGCUAGGCUCCACCGCCAGAAGAUCAUGGCCCAGAUGUCUGCCUUACAGAAAAACUUCAUUGAAACUCACAAACUCAUGUAUGACAGUACGUCAGAAAUGUCAGGGAAGGAAGACUCCAUUAUGGAGGAAGAGAGCACUCCAGCCGUCAGUGAUCACUCUAGAAUUGCUUUGGGUCCUAAACGGGGUCCAGCUGUCACUGAAAAAGAGGUGCUGACGUGCAUCCUCUGCCAAGAAGAACAAGAGGUGAAACUAGAAAACAAUGCCAUGGUAUUAUCAGCCUGUGUCCAGAAAUCCACCGCCUUAACCCAACACAGGGGGAAGCCCAUAGACCUCGCAGGGGAAACCCUGGACCCUCUUUUCAUGGAUCCAGACCUUGCACAUGGAACUUAUACAGGAAGCUGUGGUCAUGUAAUGCAUGCAGUAUGCUGGCAGAAGUAUUUUGAAGCUGUACAGCUAAGCUCUCAGCAGCGCAUUCAUGUUGACCUGUUUGACUUGGAGAGUGGAGAGUACCUGUGCCCGCUCUGCAAGUCUCUGUGCAACACGGUCAUCCCCAUCAUUCCUGUGCAGCCUCAGAAGAUCAACAGUGAGAAUGCAGAGGCUCUUUCUCAACUUUUGACCUUGGCCCGGUGGAUACAGACAGUUCUUGCCAGAAUAUCAGGUUAUAAUAUGAAGCAUGCUAAAGGAGAGCCUCAAGCAGUUCCUGUCCUGUUUCAUCAAGGAAUGGGGGAUUCAACUUUUGAGUUUCAUUCCAUCCUGAGUUUUGGAGUUCAAUCCUCGGUGAAAUAUUCUAAUAGUAUCAAGGAAAUGGUCAUUCUCUUUGCCACAACCAUUUACAGAAUUGGACUGAAAGUGCCUCCUGAUGAACUAGAUCCACGAGUUCCCAUGAUGACCUGGAGCACAUGUGCUUUCACUAUCCAGGCAAUUGAAAACCUACUGGGAGAUGAAGGGAAACCUCUGUUUGGAGCACUUCAAAAUCGGCAGCAUAAUGGGCUGAAAGCUUUAAUGCAGUUUGCGGUUGCACAGAGGAUUACCUGUCCUCAGGUCCUGAUACAGAAACAUCUGGUUCGGCUCCUAUCAGUUGUUCUUCCUAACCUGCAAUCAGAAGAUACACCAUGCCUUCUAUCUGUAGAUCUAUUUCAUGUCUUGGUAGCUGCUGUGUUAGCAUUCCCGUCCUUGUAUUGGGAUGACACCGUUGACCUGCAGCCUUCGUCAGUUAGUUCUUCCUAUCAUCACCUUUAUCUCUUCCAUUUGAUCACCAUGGCACAUAUGCUUCAGAUACUUCUUACAGUAGACACAGGGUUCCCCCUUGCUCGAGGUGAAGAGGACAAUGAGGAGGCUCGAUGUGCAUCUGCGUUCUUUGCAGAAGUUUCACAGUACACGGAUGGCCUCAUUGGCUGUGGCAUUCCCGGCUGGUAUCUGUGGGUCUCGCUGAAGAAUGGCAUCACCCCUUAUCUUCGCUGUGCUGCAUUGUUUUUCCACUACUUACUUGGGGUGACCCCACCCGAAGAACUGUUUGCCAAUUCUGCUGAAGGAGAGUACAGUGCACUCUGUAGCUAUCUAUCUUUACCCACAAACUUAUUCCUGCUUUUCCAGGAAUAUUGGGAUACCAUAAAGCCCUUACUGCAGAGGUGGUGUGCAGAUCCUGCCUUACUUAACUCUUUGAAGCAGAAAAGUGCUGUGGUCAGGUACCCUAGAAAAAGAAAUAGUUUGAUAGAGCUUCCUGAUGACUACAGCUGUCUUCUAAAUCAAGCUUCUCAUUUUAGGUGUCCUCGGUCUGCAGAUGAUGAGCGAAAGCAUCCUGUCCUCUGUCUUUUCUGUGGGGCCAUCCUAUGUUCUCAGAACAUUUGUUGCCAAGAAAUAGUGAAUGGGGAAGAGGUUGGAGCUUGCGUUUUUCAUGCACUUCAUUGUGGUGCCGGAGUCUGCAUUUUCCUGAAAAUCCGAGAAUGCAGAGUGGUCCUGGUGGAAGGAAAAGCCAGAGGCUGUGCUUACCCAGCCCCUUACUUAGAUGAGUAUGGAGAAACAGACCCUGGGCUAAAGAGGGGAAACCCACUUCAUUUAUCUCGGGAGCGAUAUCGGAAGCUGCAUUUGGUCUGGCAGCAGCACUGCAUUAUUGAAGAGAUUGCUCGGAGCCAGGAGACUAAUCAGAUGCUGUUUGGAUUCAACUGGCAGUUACUGUGAACUCCAAGUCUGCCUCAAGACAAUCAUGAGUGACAUCAAUAAUAAAGACUGAUUUAAAAUUCCAGAGGACUUUCUGAGAAUGGGGAAGUAUUGGAGGGUCUUUUGAUCCAUGUCUAGAUUCACAUACAUUAAUAAAAUAUUCCUUAAUGGAAUAUUGCUUUCAAUUAGCAAACAUAAGCUUCAAGGAAAAAACAGGACAUAGAUUAAUCUGUUUUGUUUCCAGAACACUAAAGAAAUGCUUGUUCACCCAAGUGUCUAUUUCUGCUAAUAUUUCCAGAAAACUCAUUCCCUCUCAUAACUGUCCAUUUCAUUUCUCAUCAUCCACCUGGUAAAUGAAGCCACAUCAAGCACUUGUGGACAUUCUUACGUCUGGUUAACUUCCCUGCAUUUUCGUAUUUGGCGUUUUCCUGAGUGUAAUUCAGCUUGCAUUAGAUCUCUGACAAGAUGCUGAUCACCUGUGAUGGUCUAAAGAGGAACUGCAGAUCUAUGCAGUAUCUUUCAACUGAAAAAUGUUUUAAAGUGUAAACAAUUUUCUUAUUUAAGGAAAUAUCCUUCCUGUACCACCUAUGGCUUCCACCAGAAACAGAUCUAAGUCUGUCUAUGGGCCGAGUGUGAGCUGUUCGAGUCUGGAAAGCGUCCUUCCAGUGUAGACCUCAAGAAGAAUUCGGAGACUGUGCUCCUUAUGCAUUCCUUUUACAAAAGUCUGUUACCGUCCCCUGACUCCAGGUACCUUUGUGGAGCCACAAGUCACCCGUGCCAUUUUGAAAGGCAGGUUUCUGCAGUGAGAUCUCUUGUCUCUUGUGACCCCAUCCUAUUUGAUUCUCAGAAAACAUUUGCUAUUCUGAAGCAAACUCUUUGUAGAAUGAGAAUCAGAAAAUUGCUCCAGUGAGUGGUCAGUUAAGCUGAAUUUAGAACAGUCAUAUUUAAGCCAGUUCUGCAGCCUUCUAUGGCUUCUAAGAGACAGAGCCUAGAUUUGAUGUCUUUGUGAAACCUUUUCAUAAACUACAGUUUAUGACUGAUAUAAACAGCCAAAAAACAAGAAAACAGGCCUUGUGAUUAGGUCUGUGUCCUGUUAUCACCUGCUGUGGUUGAGCCAUCUUGCUUAUAAAUAAUACAGUUCUCUUGAGUCUGUCCAUAGACUUCUUGGUUCUUGGUUUUAACCUUUUAUAUCAAGAACUUGUGAAUUAACUGCAGAGAGAAGAUCAGUUGAUACUUCUUUUAGCUUCUGUGGUAUUGGGUAAUGUUAGCAGUUGAAGGUGUGUUGAGAGAUUGUGUCUUCUUUUGCCCUUGGCUGCCACUGCCAUGUGUGUGUGCAAGUGUAUCUCUACCAUCUCUGUUCAGUGGAGGCAGGAAAGGAAAAGACAGUUCUGCUGGGUGAUCAGUGAGGCACAUUUGGGGCUAGAUUUGUUGCCAUUAUGGGAAAGUGGAUUUUGCAGUAAGGGAUUGGUGUGAGCAGGCACCAGAAUCACAAUCACGAUUUCCUACUUGGAUAAUUACUAUUCAGAAGAAAUCAGGAACUAGAUGCAACUAUAAUGAACAGUUCACAGCAAUUAUGAGAGAUGAAGAUCAGAAAAUUCAGUAUUUGGCUUGUGCAAUUUGCCAAUAUGAUUAAGUGAUUUGAAUAUUGCCCCUUUGUUUUUUUAUAUAAUUUUUUGAAGGGAUUGUUUAGCUCUGAAAUCUGGGCUAGAACAGGCAACAGAAGAUGCUCAUUUCUGCCUUCAUUUUCUGGCCCCCAUUUGGCAAGGAUAAAGACUUUAUAUUUAGCCUUCUUAGAUUCCAUUUGUGAACCUGGAGCUAAGCUCUGGAGUUGCAGGAGGACUAGCUGGCACUGGCCAGCCAGCCUUAGCGCCAAAGAACCUGAUUCAUCACUGAGUUCUGCUUGCUGAGAGCGAAGUUUCUGCACUGGAGGUGAACGUACGUCACAGUGCUGCCCAGCCCAAGGGAUUUCUAAUGAUAUUACCAUGACAAAUGAUUUAAGUCUGCGUACGAAGUUUACUUACGCAACCAAGUCACUUUAUUUAGUGUAGUAUGUGAAAGAAUUGGUUCAGUAGGAUGGCUCCGGCUCUGUGUGUUUCUACUGGUGAGGAGCUGGCAAGGAUUUUAAUGAUACAGUAAAGAAAAACAUAUGUCUGUAUAAUUAAUUUAUUAUGUUAGUGUAUGGGCUGUGAGUUCACCUUUUAGUGGUCAUUUGUCAUUUCAUAACAACUAUGCAUUUUGGUUCACUGUGAUGAUGAUCUAUAUUUAGUGACUGCAACAUGUUUAUACCACUGAUUCAAAUUCCAUUCAUGAUGAAGUUAUACAAAUGAUGCAUAUAUUGAUAUCUUUUAUUGCAAAAAUGUAAAUUAAAAACUUGUAUAAUGUUCUUGUGCUUUUUGAAAUAAAAUAUCUUAUAUGUGUAUAUUUAAAAA